UUGAUUAUGUUUACACCGCCACGCCUCACGGGGGCGCUGACGCACGACGUCACGGUGAACCCUCUACCACUGUCUUCAAUCUGCAGAAGAAGAAGACGAGACGAGAGGAAGAAAAUGACAGGGCGCGCAAAAAGAAAACCCAAAGCUAUUCAGGGGUCGGAUUCAGCCAAUGGAGAGGUGAAGAGGGUCCGGACUGAUGAGUCCACACCUGUGCUGCUGUCAGAAGUGAAUCCAGAGCAGCGGGAUGAGUUGACCCGGCUGUACGGUUUACAAAUGCCAGAAGAUCUGUUCCACUUCUGGGAUUUCUGCAAGGAGCUUUGUCCCGACAACCCCUGUGGUGCGCUCAAAGACACGCUGGGCUUGGUGCUGGUUGGUCCAUUUGAUGUUCUGGCGGGAGCUCACAGAAUCUCCAAGAAUCUUCAGCCUAACUUCCACCUGCACUGUCGGUACUUCUACGACCCCCCCGAGUUUCAGACCAUCCUGAAGGGGAGCGAGGACACCCAGCAUCACAUGGGCUACUACAGGGACACGGAUGACUCCCUUCCUUCGUUUGUUGGGGAAAAUGAAGCCAAGAAGGGCUACACCAUAGCACAAAUGGGGGAUAACAUAUUUGCAGCUGUCUACCUGUUUCUGCAGAGGAAGAAGAAGGAGAGGAGCAGUAACGGCGCAGGAGGAGACGCUUUGGAAAGCUUGGAGGCAAAGCUGAAAGAAAGGGUUGUGACUUUAGGCUUGUCUUUAGAGGCGAAGACCAAAAGUAUGAAGCAGAGGGACAAGAAGGUUGUCACCAAGACGUUCCACGGGGCUGGAAUCAUUGUGCCUGUGGAUAAGAACGGCGUAGGAUACAGAGAACUGCCAGAAACAGACGCUGGCCUCAAAAAGAUCUGUAAAGCUAUUGCUGAAGCGCGGCAUGAUGAAGAGCGUGUGAAAGCUUUUGGACCGAUCCAGGAGAUGAUCACGUUUGUUCAGUUUGCAAACGACGAGUGCGACUAUGGAAUGGGUUAUGAACUAGGAAUAGAUCUCUUCUGUUACGGAUCCCAUUACUUUCACAAGGUCAUCAAGCAGCUGCUGCCCAUGGCUUACAGCUUGCUGAAAAGAAGUUUGUUUGGUGAAAUUUUGGAGGCCCACCUCUCCUGCCGCAGCCAUGACAACCUGGACCAACUCUCCGCACAUUAAAAAAGCCUCUGAAGUAGUCCGUCAGAGGUUCCCGUUCUGGUUCUGAUAAGCUUUCCCACCAUGCGUCUUUGAUUUGUGUUUGUGUUUUUGGUGGUUUUGUUGCUGCUGUCACUUAUGAAACCAUUCCACUGGUUUAUUGUUAGAUGUGUAAUAAAUCAUUUUUAUAUUUUUACUUA